AUGGCUGAUACGACGAUCGAAGUCCGUUUCGAACAAUUUGAAGAAACUAUUUGUGUUCCGGUGUCAUCAGUAUCUACAAUAGAAGAUGUUAUUAAAUAUGUCUGUAAAACACGUGUGGAUAUCGAUUACAAUAAUUACUAUCUUGCCUCAGAGAAAAAUGAUGAAAUGUUGGAUAAUAAGAAGACAUUGAAGGAAACCAAUAUUCCUGCAAUAGAUGAUCCUGAACUUCGAUUGAGGAUGAAGACAUCAACUGGAAAACAAAGGAAAUCGGUUGAUGUAAUAAAGAAAAUAGGAGUUGAUCCACAAACACUAGCUGAUGAUAUCCGAUGCAACAAUAUAGACCCGAACAAUGCGGAAGUAAGUUUUCGUGAUACUUCAGAAUUCUCUUGA